ACAUGUGCGGCUGUCGUCACUUCUCGUAAAACGCAAAUAUUCAGGUGAUUUGUUAUCGUUAUGUUUUAAAUGUGCGACAUAUUCAUUUUAGCGGAUCGGUCUUCGUGUACGUACAGUUAAGCUCUUAAAAUCUGCCCAUCAGUCCGAGUAUGAAUCUGAAUCAGUGUCGCCGGAAAUCACCUUUACUGGCUUAAAGGAAUUGUAAAUCAGCAGGAUGCGUUCACACGUAUUAGUGUUAUAAUAACGCGCUCUUAACGACUGACAUUUUCUUUUAUCGGGGACCGACAGUCGUACAAGAAAAAGCACACAAGUCCCUUAAAUGAUGCUGUCCAAUCCUCCGGCUGAACAAAAAGGGACAGAGCAGGUGCCUGCUUCUGCUGCUGGUCCAUGCCAACGUUCUGCUCAGUCCUCACUUUAUCAUGAGCAGCUGAUCAUGGGAUGCAGGGAUGAGAUUGAAUCUGGUGAGAGAGAGCUGUCCACAAACUUUGAGAAAGAUGGCAAGUACAGAGAUCCAAAAACGUGGACAUCUGGCACCUUCAAUUUUGAUCCUCCAGUUGGCCCAUCAGGAGAGCAACUUCUUGAAAAACUUCUUGUUUCUCAUCAGACCGAGAUGAAACUUCUGCUGACAGAUACCUUCGGCUCUCUCACUCAGCGUCUAGAGGCCGUGGAGAAGAAGGUGGACCAGCUGUGUUCACAAAGCAGUGCACAUACCCGCAGUUUGGCUCAGCUACACAGUAAAGUUGGCCAGCUGGGCAGGGACUUGUCAUUUGGUGUGUCACCUGCGUGUGGUCUUGGAGAGGACUCAAAAGUACCAAAAAACAACAAAGGAAUCAUCUCAAAUAUCUCUUCCUCUAGGCUACAUUCUUUUCUCAAUACACUGUCCCCGGAAGCAAAAGAGAACCCUGUGUGUUCAUGGCUAAUUUCAACUCCUUCCCAGACCACGCAAAGUCCUGUCUGUAAGCCGGAGGAAACAAGUUGUCAAAAACUGCCCUGGGAUUGCAGUGGCUCCCCAUUUGAAAUGCUAAAACCUUGCUCUUCAGGACAAAUUGAAAACUGUUCGCAGGGUGUCUAUUCACCUGUGUCUGACUUUGAUGACCUGGAGAUGGAACUGGUAGCUGAAAAGGACAGAGACGCAUUAAGUUUAUUGGUUAAUUCUGUGAUAAGUAGCCCAGAGCAGAAUGACAACCAGGAAGUACACUCCUCGGAUAAUGUGGAGAAUGAAAAGUCCUGUCAGGAAGAUAUCAAGAAUAGUCAAUGUUUACAUGUACUGAAACACCCCCAGGUGCCUCCCUUUAGCACUCAAUUUCUCAGAUCUUCAGCUCGUAAUGGCUUAAAGUCUGAUACAAAUAUAGAUCCACUUUAUUCAUUUUCAAAAGUAAUGAAAUCGAAUACAUCUGAGAAAGCGAGUAAAGUCAAUGGUGAAACUAGCCAAUCGUUGAAGAAAAUAUCCUUUUCUUUAACAUCUAAGAUGCUUGGAACACAGCCCUACCCCUCAACAGAAGGAAGCGGGGAGAAAGAUAGAAUGCCCUUAAACAAUGAGAAGCCAUUCUCAACAAGGGAUUUCACUACCUCAUUGAGUAAAAGUACAACCGUCCCUGAGAGAUUCACUACUUCAAGAGAUGAAAGAGAGUCUGCAGAGAGCACAAAGGUAUAUAGUACGAGACAGCAGUUUAGUGAGGGUAAAGGUAUCGAUCAGUUUUCAUGCCCAUUAAAACACCCUUUUCAGGGGUCAUCAGUCUUGCCAUACUGUGAACAAGCUUUAUCAAACCAGUUGGUAAAAAGUGAAGAUGAUCCAACAACACCUAAACACUGUAAUUUCCAUCUCUCUGGGCCAAGAAAUGGCUCAUCUAUAACAUUCAACGUAGAACACAAGUCUAACCACGAUACUGACAAACUUUUGAAUCAUCUGUCUGACACUGCUCAUCGCUUAGUGUCCAGCAGUUCUUCCAGAAAUGAUCUGGCACUGCAAAGCAAAUGGACUGGUUACAGCAGAAAUGGAGCAAAGGUUAAACACUACAGCGGGAAGAAUCAUCACCUUCCAGGAUUUUACUCUUAUAAAGUGGGUGAAACCCUUUCUCUGGAUAAAGAAACACCAAAUCCUUGCCAUAUAGUCCCAGUCUCUCCUCGGUUGACUGGCACUCUUCCUUGUUCUUCUCAUGCGUUACCUUUGCUGGAUAAAGAGUCUGUGUGUUGCCCUAGCUUAUCUCAACUUUUUCGUCCCACCAAUCAGUCUACGUCUGCUCUAAGCAAAGGGAGUUUCUCUGGUGCAGGUGUUAGUACCUUCCUAGCUUUAUCUUCUCCAACGUCCUUCAGGUUGUGGUUUCGGCACAGGCGGCUCAACUUUCCCCUCAUGCAGUUAUCAUGUCCAGGCGUCCACACGGUUGUCAGUCGGAUUUUGGGCCGGUGUAAGUGCCAACCUUUUCCACCUCUGGUCGACCACACAGCUCCACCAGGACUGGACAAUGAUCACCACUAUGCACAACGGUCCGGUCAAGAAGCUACAAGCAGCAGGAAAAGAGCUUCAGCACGGAAAGUCAUAUCUUUUUCAUCAAAGUGUCACUUGUCAACAAGCCACCUCACACCAGAAAGAAGUGUGGAUGACUCCUCUCGACUAAACACUGGUACCAAGCUGGAGGGAUUCCCGGCUGAACCGCCGACCAGUUUUGCUAUUGUAAGCGCAAAUGUCAAAUAUCCGGGUCUGCAUAGUCAAGGAACAUCUAGUCAAAUGACCCAGAUGGAUCUCUAUGAGGCUAAUGUUGGCGACCAAGCCGGACAGCGGUCCAAAAAGGUCUCCCAGAUUCGAAUUCGCAAGACGGUUCCCAAACCAGAUACCAACCUUACUCCAAUGGGACUCCCCAAACCAAAGAGGUUAAAGAAAAAGGAAUUCAGCUUAGAAGAAAUUUACACCAACAAAAAUUAUAAGUCUCCAACCCCUAACAGAAGCCUGGAGACGAUAUUUGAGGAGCCCAAAGAAAAGAAUGGCGCACUGGUGUGCAUCGGUCAUCAGAAGCGAAAACGAGUUCUCGAUUUUCCGGAUUUUACGCUGCCGAGGAAACGCAAGGCUAAAACAAACCUAGGACCCCUGCGUGUUAAGGGGCCACGGGGACGAGCUCGCAGGGGUAAACACGAUGAAGCCGACCUUGACAUAAUGCUGAUUGAGAGGCUUACAGAACUAGAAGACUACUUUACCCGCCAAGGACUUGAGGUUUAGUCAUAGCUUUUCAUACAAUACCACACUCUUAUGAAGUUAUAGACUAUUACAGUUUUGGUUUGAGCGUGUAGAACAUCAUAUUGCCUAACCAUGCAACAAAUUUUCUCCACAUUAUCGUUCACUUUAUAACAUUUAGCAAUAGAAUAUUUUUUUUCUUGUAGCAUUUACUCUUAAGACUUUAUAUUUAUGAAGUAUGCUGACCCAAAUAUAUUUGAGGUUGUGGAGUGUGAAUAAUACAAGCACAUUUUAACUUUUACCUGAGCACUUUGUUUCCUUAAAAUGUGAUUGUUGCAGUCUAGCAAUUUUUUUAUUCAUUACACAUUGCUGACAAACAUGUUCCUAAUAGUUGUAACACCGAUUUAGAGCACUGCCAUCUGAUGUUUAGAUUUAUGGAUCUUAUAUAUGAUAAACAAGCGAUUCUUAUUAAUGAGCAGAAUGACCCCUUCGACUAUAAUUUUUUAUUUGCGGUAAAUCUGGAUUAUCAAGAAUCAUGUAUACCUUUUUGUCUGUGAAUGCUGCAAAUAAUUUCAAGUAUUUAUUUUUGAAGGCACAGUGCAGUAUUUUGUAUUUUUGAGUUUUAAAAUUCUUAAUAUAUUUCACCCUACAAAUGUAACAAUUGUGUGUAAUUUGUUGCCUUUAAAGGGAUGUCAUAAAAAGAAACGAUUUAAAUGGUCAUUCUCUUGGUCUUUUAGUUUUUCUUACCUUUUAGUUAGUAGACCGUUAAAUUGAACUUGUUCAUUAACUGCUUUAUUAUUAAAUUCAACACAUCAAAAUUAUUUUAGACUUUCUAAAUUGUUAUAAACGGGACAAAACCACUUUGCUUUUAGCUUUAGUUGGGAGAAUGCUUUCGCUUAUCAUAACCUUCGAUGGCCAAAUAUAACUCCUCGUUUUAAUGACUAAUUAAUGUUUGCAGUGAAUAUGUGUGUUUUCUUGCAGUUUGUAAUAUUUGGCUGAUAUAAGUAAAGCACCAUCUUUUUUAGGCAGCUAAUGUGGUUAACAGAUUUUAGUUUUUUGUAGUUUUAUCAUUCCACUGUACUGUAUACUUCCCACGCCUAUUGUUUUUCUUACCAUUUUAGGAAGAAACAAAAAAUUUUUGUGGUGUAACAUGACAUUUGCAGUGAAGUUUUUUAUUUAUUUAAGGAAAGAUUUACAAUCAAUUAUUGGACCUACAAAGCUUUUUAAGUCCGCUAUCUGCACUUGAUCCCCAAAGAAUCUGAGCCUUUACCUGAACAGUGUCUUUGUGCUAGAAGAAUAGAUUGACUGUAACACAACCUGUAUACAUUUAUCGUCUUUUUAGACUGUUUUUAUGGUACACACAGGCCCAAAAAGGUGUUGAAUGUUUACACGGGUAUGCAGUGGAACUGGCUGUUUUUAUGAUGGAAAUGUUUUCAUUUGUAUAGCUAUUUUUUUCUCCAUCACACCUACACAGUGUUAGUAGAUAAAGCUUGAGUCCACCAACAGACCAACACUAAGUAUUGCUUGAGUGCUGUCAAUCAAUGUGAUUUUAUAUAUUUUAUGAAUAAAAUAGUGAAUAAAAACGUUCUUAAUGUCA